AACAAACUGUCUUGGUAUAAGCGUCAUUCUACUACCUGCGCCUGUCCAAAUGUUCUUAAGGUUAAACACGAAUUUUAAAACUAAAAAAAAAUCCGAGCAAUUAGUUGCUAUAUAAGGAGAACCAUUCUGUUAAUCUUUAUAUAAUCUACAGAACAACAAAGAUGAAGUCCGGAGAUUUCUUGGCUGUUGUGCUUUACCAAUUAGGGAUUUUAAGUUUCGUUUCCUUGUGUCAAAUCAAAGUGGCCGACAUUAAGGUGAAGGGGGAUUUCGUCUUUGAGAAUUUCACAACUUCAGCGUGGAAAACCGUCAAGUAUAACAGUUUCACCCCCAUAGAAGGAAUCACCAUUUACUCGACCUCGGAUCAAAAGAGUCAGUUUGGACUGAAAGGAGACCAGCCAUUUGUUUACAAUGUUGCUCGCAUUGGCAUCACCCCUACAAGAAGCGUGUGUUACUCAGAUACUGGGACAGUCGAGUUCCUGGAUAACAAUCAGGCCAAAAUGUUCCUGAAAUACCACAAUAAGAAGACCGGACAGACACACCAACAAAACCAGUGGGUUCUGUACACAGACUACGACAAUAUGGCGGUAGUGUACGCCUGCCAGAAGGAGCAGACGGACGGCACGUGCCAUGCGGACCACCGCUACAUCUGGAUACUGGCUAAAAAGAGUACCCUCACCCCAGAGGAGGAGGCCCGGGCCAAUAGAAUAGCGGCGUCCGUGUGUAUCUCGGGCCUCAAGACUGUCGACCACAAUCAGCCGUGUCCCUAAUAGUGUCGCAAGGCCAACCAUGUGUCAAUAACAUUCGUUUUUGUUCUUAUUAUUUGUGCUCAUCUAUCAUUAUAUUAUAAUAUAUAUAUUACAUUGAAAGAAGAA